CAGAAUGUAGCUGCUUUCUUCCCUUAGAGGUCUCAGCGCAUAAACAAAAGUAUAUUCUUUCUAUAUAGUAGAUAUAUCAAGUGAUCUAGUUAGAUUCUAUUAAGAUCGAUAUGGAUUUCGAUCGUGUACUGGAGAAGUGCGGAAACUUUGGCCGCUUUCAGUUUGUCCUGCUCAUUCUGUACGGCUACACAAACAUACUCAGUUCGCUGCACUACUUUUCCCAGACUCUGAUUACCUUUACGCCAGAGCAUUGGUGCUCCCAUGACGAUUUGAUGGGCUUAAGUGCCUCUGAGCUCCGCUCCAUUUACUCCAAUGUUUCCCAUUCCUCCUGCACUCUACUCUCGGAGGUGAUCAAUGGCACUGGGGUGGCCGCCCAGGAGGCCUGUGAGGACUGGAUCUUUGAGCGGGAGAAUGGCUACGAGAGUCUGACCACCGAAUUGAAGUGGGUUUGCGACAAAUCCCACCAGCCAGCGGUGGGUCAAUCCUUUUUCUUCCUGGGCUCUGUGGUGGGCACCAUUACCUUUGGCUUUCUGUCGGAUCACAUUGGCAGGCUGCCAGCCAUGCUAAUGGCGGCUAUUUCCGGAGCAACUGGUGACUUCAUCACCUCCUUUGUGCACACUCUGCCCUGGUUUGCCUUCUCCAGAUUUGUGUCUGGAUUGUCCACGGAUACCAUGUACUAUCUGAUGUACAUUUUGGUCUUCGAGUACCUGAGCCCCAAGCGCCGCACCUUUGGCCUGAACAUCAUCCUGGCAGUGUUCUACUGCUUUGGCCUGAUGACCUCACCCUGGAUCGCCAUGUGGAUUGGCAACUGGCGACGUUACCUCUGGUUGGCCUCGCUUCCUGCCCUGGGAGUGCUCAUCUAUCCGUUGCUGAUCUGCGAAAGUGCCCAGUGGCUGCUGACCAAGAAGAAGUAUGACGAGGCGGUGGCUUGCCUGAAGCGAGUGGCCAAAUUCAAUGGUCGCCAGGUGGAGGACUCCGUGUUUGAUGAGUUCGUGAAGCACUAUCGCGAAAAGAUGAACGAGGAGAGCAAGCUGAACAAGCAGAUGGACACCUUCCUGGGAAUGUUCAAGACACCCAGGCUACGUCGCUUUACUACCACUCUGCUGGUUAAAUCGGUCAUCAUAACGCUGUCCUACGAUGUAAUCAAUCGGAAUAUGGAGGGCCUGGGCUCUUCCCCCUUCAAGCUCUUCUCGCUUACCUCCAGUGUUUAUCUGCCGGCGGGUUUUACAAUUCUCCUCCUCCAGAACAAGAUUGGACGCAAGGGCAUGGCCUGCGGAGCCCUGUUGGUGGGUGCCAUUAUCACAGCCGUCACUGGAUUCCUGAUUGCCUUCCUGGAUCCCAACGAGAACGCUGUCCUUCUGGCCUGUAUGGUUGCUCUGGGUCGCUUUGGAUCUACCGUCUCUUAUGAUGCGGAGAUCCAAUAUGCGGCGGAGAUCAUCCCAACGAGUGUGCGAGGACAGGCUGUGUCCAAUAUUCAUGUGGUGGGUCUGGCCUCCAGCUCAAUGGCCUUCUAUGUGAUCUAUUUGGCCCAAUACUUUAAGCCCCUGCCAUCGAUCUUCAUCAGCUGCCUGAUGUUCUUGGGCGCUCUGCUCUGCCUGUCGCUCCCCGAAACUCUGCACAAAAAACUACCGGAGACCCUGGCCGAUGGUGAACGCUUUGCCAUGAACGAGAGCUGCCUGUAUUUCCCAUGCUUACACAAACGCCGCGAAAGUCUGACCAAGCAUGAGGACCUCAAGUCUGAACCCUAGAGAGUGAUGCACCUGAUAUGCGACUACUGCUUAAAUUACCUGCUAAUUGCAAACAACCUGAUGAUGGGGCCACCUCAGGACCCCAGUAACCCAAUGGUCUGAUAGUUAUUACUCAUGUGAAGGAUGCAUAGUAAUUAAACCAACACCGUUUUUUUGUAUAAUACACCUAUAUAUAACCCUAUAUACAUAUUCAAAACAGAACUGGUAUAAUGAUAUAUAUGAUGUAAUCCAUUCUUUCACAAAUAAAAU